AUCGUCAGUGGGGUUCGCUCAGACCAGUUUUUACACGAGGCAAAAACAUCCACUAGCCACGAUUUAUAUUUCCUCUUAAGACUUCCCUCUACUCUGUCCUCCUCCUCAAUAUUCACCGAUUACUUUUCUCGGAACAUCUGUCUCUUUAAUCCCUGAGCCUUCCCCUUAGUGCUUCCUUGGUAGAUCUCCCAUGCAUACUCGAGGGUUGGUGGGCAGGUGGGCUGGUGGUGGCAACACUGUCGUACCUGCCUGGUGAGGAGAUGGGGCUCGGGCACCAUCCUCGUUUCGCAAGGGAAUUUUCACUCGCUGGGAAAAAACGAGGGACGUGCGAGGUUAUUUUGUGUGUAAACAGUGAAUGCUACUAGAGACAGGGCCAGAGAUAGAGACAGAGUGUGUGUCAAAAAGAAAAAAAAAGGAAGGAAGGAACAUAACGCAAAAUUAGAGGGAUGAAAAGUUUCCAAGAACGAAAGGAAAUGAAGAAACGAAGGAAAAUAAACAAAAUGAAUACAACUGAAGAAAGAAAGACGAAGAAAGAAAGAAAAAAAAACACACAAAAACAGCCCUCCCCCCCCCCCCCCCACACACACACACACAUACAUGUCCUAUACUUACUCUUGUUUACUAAUCCGUCUCUUGGCUACAUUGAUUGCUUUACCUGCCUCUCACCUGCUCCUCAUGCAUUCACCUGGACGCCGAGCUACGGGAACGGACUGGCUGACCUGCUGACUGUCAUUCGCACCUACUGACUUGCUGAGCGGCUUACUAACCUUACUGAUUGGAUAUACGAGUAGUUGCUGAUUCGAACCUGCUUGCUGUGACUUACUGAUUUAUUUUCCUGCUGACUUGCUGACUUGCUGAUUUACUGACUCGUUUAGUGACCUGCUGAUUUGCUGACUUAGUUUGUGACCUGCUCAUUAUGAUUAACUGAUUACUGACUCGCCAGAUCUGACCUUGAAUGCUGACUUCUUAGACUUACUGACUGUUUGGUUACCUACUGGCUCAUCUGGUGAAGACGUUGAUCAGUGGUCCCAAAUGCUGACCUGGUGCUGACGAGGUGCUGAGUGCUGAGGGACUGUUAAUGUGAAUCUGCUCAGCUCACUACCUGGAAGCUCAUCACACAGUAUGGGUUGUCAGGGCAGCAAGGGAGACGCGGAGGCGGAGGGCGGCAAGUAUCUGCUGGAGACGGUGACGGGGCACACGGAUUCUAUCAACUGCAUGGCGUUGUCUGAGGAUGAGUCUGUGUUGGUGACUGGGGACGACAGGGAGGCGAGGCUGUGGGACGUGGAUGGAGGACAAGGCGGCCCAACAGAAGAAAUGGGGACGUUGAAAGGACACACCAGCUACGUGACAUCCGUGGACGUCUCCGGGGUCUACGUGGUGACGGGCUCCAGUGACUGCACCGUCAAGAAAUGGGACAUGACCACGUGCGAGUGUUGCUUCACUUACGAGGGUCAUAAGGGGAAGGUGAUGCGGGUGAUCUGCACAGGUGAGUACAUCAUUAGCUCCUCCGUCGACAAGACUGCCAAGGUGUGGAUCUUUGACACCUCGGAUAUCACACCUGAAGCGAAGCAGAGGUGUUGCGUGCGCACUUUCGAGGGGCACACAAUGGGCGUGCACCCGAUCAUGUACAUCCCGGCGAAUGAGUCCAGCAAGGGCGGCGGGGGGAAGAGGAAGGAGAAAAAAGAGGAGGAGGAGGAGGAGGAGGAGGAGGAGGAGGAGGAGGAGGAGGACAAGGAGGACGAGAUGACCGAUGUGCUGAACGAAGAGCUGGUGGUGACUGGCAGCGCUGACAACACCGCUCGUCUCUGGGCCAUCAGCACUGGGGCUUGUUUAGUGACGUACAGAGACCACAGGGGAGCCAUCAUGACCAUGGCCACAGACGGGGAGGCCAGGAUCCUUUUCACCGGCAGCGCAGACAAUACCAUACGAUCCUACGAGAUCCGCACAGGGCGUCCACUCAAGGUGUACUACGGCCACAACAGCCCCAUCAUCUGCAUGACCGUGGUGAACCAGCUGAUGUACACGGGGGACACCGGGGGCAAGGCCAAGAGCUGGGUGUGGCGGUACGGGGACAGCACAUGUGAAUACAAGGGGCACAAUAACACAGUCACCUGCCUCAAGUUUCAUCAGGGGAUACUGUACACAGGCUGCGGGGACGGGCUGAUCCGUGCCUUUGACGCCAAGACGGGAGUGCUGCGGCAGACCUUCAGGCGGAAACAGAGUGAAGGCGCCGGAGCUGGAGUGGUGAACUGUCUGACGGUCUGUGGAAACAAGCUGUAUUCUGGCAGCCACGACGGGAUGCUUAGGGUGUGGGACGUGAGCUCCUGGGUCAAUGGAGGAAAAAAUGGGAAGGAAAAAGCAACGUGAAGAUUAAAAGUGAAGAAGAAAUAACAUUAGAAGGUUUGAGAUAAUCUGGAACGAAAGAGGGAACAGUAGAAAAGGAAUAAAUAGAAGAAGAGGAGAAAAAUUUGGGAAGAUGAGAGAAUAGAAGAAUGUGGAAGAACGAUAAAAGAAUAAAAGAGAAUAAGAGAGAGAGGAGAAUGGAAGAGGUGGACCCCAAGAACCAGAGAACCAACGUCUCAAACUUCUGAGCAAACUUGGCGAAGACAUUUGAUUGGAGGUAGUAAUGUAGGACGUGGAAUUGAUCAAGUUCCCCCUCAAAGAGAAGCGAGGGAGAAAACGACUCCAGUUUUAUGGUAAUCUUACUUAAUUUUACGUCCCUCCUCUAUUAUGGACUGUAAUGCUUUCUCUCUUGCCUCCUUUGUUUUUAAGUAAUGAGUGUGACUUGAUUUUUGUUAUUAGAAGAGUAUGUGAUAUGAAGGAGAAUUUUUAGUCUUUUAUUUAUUUGUUUAUUUAUUUAUUUUUUACAAUGUUUACUCUCGCGUUACUUGUUUUAGAAAUAGUGAUGUAUUUUUUUAUUAAUAGUUUGUAGUAUGAGAAGAAAAUGUAUAAGAAAAAAAGUAGUACCAGUAGUUAUGAUUGUACUCUUAUUUAUUUAUUUAUUUACUGUCUUUCUACAAUAUAUAAGCAAAAGCUACACAAGGAAUCUAAUACAAUUAUUAAUUAUUAUUAUUAUUUUCGUCUCUGCUGUUUUGUAAUUCUCACAGUGCGUACUUUAAUUAAGUAACGGGUGACAUGCUGUGAUUGAGAGAGUAUGUGUGUUCUGUGUAUUCCUUUGUGUUGUGUAAGGAACCAAAGAGACCUCGCAAUGUUGUCAUUUAACUGUUCAUAUAAAGGACAGUUUCACGAAUGGAAUGUCUACUUUUAAGGUUUGGAAAGCACUAACAACAGCUUAUAUUUUUUCUUCUUUUCCUUCUUUCAUUGAUUCUUCUGUUACUUUUUCUUGUUGAUGAUUGAUGAUGUUGCUGUUGUUGUUGUUGUUGUUGUUGUUGCUGUCCUUUUUUUUCUUUCUUUUUUUUUUCUUCAUCAGCAAUAACUUGUAUUUGUUCUUCUCUUCCUUCUUUUACUGAUUCUUCUAUUUCUCUUUCAUGUUGAUGUUGUUGUUAUUGUUGUCCUUCUUUUUCUUUCAUUUUUUCCUUCUUCAACAACAACAACAACUUGUACUUCUUCUUCUCUUCCUUCUUUCAUUGAUUCUUCUAUUUCUCUUUCUUUCUUUCUUUUUGAUGUUGAUGUUGUUGCUGCUGUUGCUGUUCCUUUUCUUUUUUCUUUCUACUUUUCUUCAAGCCUUCGUAUCUUGCCUUCAGUUUCCAUGUUAAAGGACACAAACUUAUGAAAAAGGUACUUGGGUAUUUGUGUUUGAAGUCUUGCAUGCGUGAGUCAGUUACCCUUUUGCUGUCUCCUUAAUUGCUUAAGUUCUUAUGAUCUUAUUGAUUUUGGGAUCGUAAUUUCUGUAGAUGUUUGAAUCUUCUUAACUCUCCUCACCUUGAAUGGGAAUCUGGGUCAUAAUAAGGAUGGAUGCCUGUAAAAAUCGCCAUGUGCUUUCUUUACGUAUGUGCAGUAUGGUAGUAAACAGAAAAGACAGAUAAAUAGAUGAAUAAAAGGAAAAUAAAAGUCA